AUGUUUACAGUGACUACCAAUCCAGUUGACCUAUGGAGUGAUCCUGGGUCACGCGGACGUUUUGAAAAGAACUACUUCGAUACUCACUUUGGACCCUUCCACCGUGUGGAACAGCUGGUUUUGCGACCUGUGGAUCGCACGCCAGUAAAAAAUGGCUCAAUCGGGCCGGCGUUUCGAAAGGACUUUUUAGAUUUGACUCGACUUGAAAGUCCUUUUUUGUCAAUUUUACCGGUGUUACGGUAUCUUGAACAGGUUCUCGACCUCCAACUGCGAAUAACUAACAUCACCGUCUACGGAGAGGUCUUGAAGGCCAACAUCAGUCUUGACGACAUCUGCUUCAAACCCAUGCGGCCUGAUAAGGAGGAUUGUGCAAUAACCAGCCCCCUUGAGUACUUCCAGCACAAUGUUACUCAAUUUAACAACUCUACCGUGGGAAGGUGCACUUUUUUCUCAUGCGCUUUCGGCUUUCCCUUCACACAAUCAAGCACAAUUUGUAUCCUUCAGGACUACCUCGAGCAUUUGUUGAACUGUGCCAAGAACGUUUUUACGCCCAAGUGUCUUGGUUCCUCCGGCAUUCCACAGAUGCCCAACGUAGUCUUUGGUGGAUUUGCAGACGGCAAUUAUAGUCUGGCAGAAGCAGCAGUCAUAACAAUUCUUGUGCGAAAUGAUGUUGAUCUCAAAUCGGAUCAUAUUCAAAGCUGUUUGGUUUGGGAGGCUGCUUUCAUCUCCACUGUACGUGAGUGGAAAGACGCACACUCCAAAGAAGUGAUUGUCAGCUUUUCUGCUGAGCGAUCGGUGGAGGAUGAAAUUGAGCGUCAGUCAAAUGCAGAUGUCUGGACAAUUCUAAUAAGCUAUGUGGUGAUGUUUGUCUACGUCAGUCUCUUCUUGGGCUCCUACACCUCCUGUCGGAACAUUCCAGUUGACUUGAAGGUGACCCUCGGUCUAGGUGGAGUGCUGAUUGUCCUCGCCUCUGUUGCCGCUUCAGUUGGCUUUUGGAGCUACUUGGGUGUGCCUGCCACCCUAAUCAUAAUUGAGGUCAUUCCCUUUCUCGUGUUGGCUGUUGGAGUGGACAACAUCUUUAUUCUUGUCCAGGACUAUCAAAUGGCUGAAUCACGGGGCAAAUUGUCGGCUCCGCUGCACAACAACCAAUCGGAUGGCGAUACCACGGAAACCAACAAUCGACUGUUUGAAGUUGUCCAUGGAAGUGGAUUUGAUCUGCAUGCUGAAGUUCAAGGACGUGUCGCGCGGACUUUAGGUCGUGUUGGUCCCUCAAUGCUGCUCACCAGCUCUGCUGAAUCCGUAGCAUUCUUUUGUGGUUCAAUGACUUCAAUGCCAGCAGUACGAGUGUUUGCACUUUAUGCUGGAGUGUCGCUGGUCAUCAAUUUUCUUCUACAAAUUUUCGCUUUCACGGCUCUACUCACCUUGGAUGCUCGUCGUGAGGCGGCGCGCAAAUGGGACGUGCUGUGCUGCAUCAAGAAUCAGCCUGGAGACUCGGUCACUCACCCGUCCCAGCCCCCCACCGCAACUGCCGAAACCGCAGAUGCACCACCAAAUACUACCGAGCAACAACCGGCAACCUCGUCCCAGCCAAACAAUGAUGUUGCUGUUGCACCAAAGGGUACUUGGUUGUAUCAAGCGGUUUCCCGCGGUCUUUCACCCUUCAUUCUCUCGCAAUGGGUUCGCCCUUUUCUCGUCGUCAUUCUCCUUGUGUGGAUUUGUCUCUGCGUAGCUCUGGUAACCACACGUCUUGAGGUGGGAUUGGACCAGCGUCUCUCCAUGCCCCUGGGAUCUUACGUUUUGGACUACUUCGACGCCAUCUCCCAAUACCUAGCUGUGGGUCCGCCUGUCUACUUUGUUGUGACGGCCGGUCACAACUACACUGUGUGGAAGGAUGGACAACGAUCAGUCUGCAGUUUUGCCGGAUGCUCUGAAUCCUCUCUACCCAACGUCAUCAGUGCCUACGCAAAAUUGGCCAAUUUAUCGCAUAUCGCUUCACCGUCCAUGGUGUGGAUUGACCAAUACGCCAAUUGGCUGCAAGCAACUGAUCCCUCCGUUCACUGUUGCCGUGUGCUAAGGACCAAUCCAAAUGUCUACUGCAAUGCCACUGACUCCACUUCCGAUUGUGUGCCCUGUCUACCCCCAGACUCCAGCCUACCCGAGGGUCACACUUUCAAUCGCUUCAUCCUGCGCUUCCUCGAACAAAAUCCGGACGUCAACUGUCCUCUUGGGGGAAAAGCGGCAUUCGGUACAGCAGUGGAACUGGUUAAAAGAGGCACUGACACUACCAACGUGUCGGUUGAAGCAACACACUUUAUGACCUAUCAUACGGUGCUUCGUGAACCACAGGACUACAUUGAGGCGUUGAGACUAUCGCGACACGUUUCUGAUCAAACGCUGCUCUACUGGAACAAUCACAGUGCCAACACUUUUGCUGGCAACAAUGCAAUCUUCCCCUACAGGUACUUGAGCGAGUUUCUUCUUACCCGUUACUGUCUCACGACGGACGGGCUUUUACUCCUUUGUGCCGUUUUCUACGUCUUUUACGAGCAAUACCUGAACAUUCAACACGAGACAGCACUGCAGCUCGGUGUUUGUCUAGCCGCCAUAACGGUCAUCACCUUGCUGCUGUUGGGUCUCAACCUUGCUGCAACCCUGAUUGUCCUUCUUGGAGUGGCAUGCAUAGAUGUUAGUCUGCUCGGCCUCAUGUGUCUUUGGAGCAUCAGUUUGAAUGCAAUCUCCCUUGUCAACCUUGUUGUGUGCACUGGAAUAGCCGUGGAAUUUUGCUCGCACAUCGUUCGGGCCUAUGCUGUGAGUGGUUGCAAGACGCGCCUUCAACGAGCCCACGAAGCUCUCUCCGAAAUGGGCAGCUCGGUGCUGCGUGGUAUUACGCUAACCAAGUUGGGUGGUAUUGUGGUGUUGGCUUUCUCCAACUCCAGACUCUUCCAAGUGUUCUACUUUCGUAUGUACCUUGGAAUGAUUGUUUUUGGUGCUCUUGUGGGACUAAUCUUUCUGCCUGUACUUCUCAGCUACAUCGGUAAGUUGAUUGAUUGUUUGCGUGGUUGUAUCAACUCCUUUGGAGACUUGCACGUCUAA